AUGAACGUGUAUAGAAUUCCCCGGAUCCCUGGACCCUGGAUUUGUCAUCCGGUCUGCCGUACGGCUGCCAAUAGGCGGUCCCCACAAGGCGGGCAUUGCGGCCGCAUUCUCCGCCCAUCUGCAGCCGCCUCAGUAGCAGCAGCUACCCCCGCUCUCACUCUCGGGCAGACAGGGUCAGUCGAUGUUCUACACCCUCAGUCACCACUCACACCCAGACUACGCACAUCAUGCAGACUUCCCGUCGGAAUUCGAGCCUCGAACGGGCUCCGCAAGCUUGUCAGUCGUGCAGAUCACGCAAGAGAAGGUGCGACAAGGCACUUCCCAAGUGCUCCUCCUGCGCUAAGUACGGUAGACAACCCCGUAGAUGGCAGAGCUGACUCCCAUGCCGCCACAGACGAGGCCGGACAUGUGCAUACUGGUGGCCAGAAGCUAGCACGCACUCAACUACCGCAUCGGACCCGAAGAGGGGAUGACUUUCCCACCAUCCUCUUCCUCGACCCGGGCUUAUUGCAGCACGGACAGGUAGACACAGCACACAGCACAGUGUCUGUUCCACCCCACAUCCUGCAUCUGCUUGGUGACCUGGACGAGAUCCGGUUCACUGCAGGCCGGUUCUUCGAUCACAUCCAUAAGUGGAUGCCCUUCAUCUCGAAAAAGAGAUUCUACGAUACGUAUCUGCAGCCUGCAUUCCACGCUUGCCCCGAUGUAGUCCUGUUGCUCCUGGCUCUCAAGUUGAUCACCACAUUCCCCCCGGCCGGGGCGCGGGGUCCCCGCACCCCCUUGUAUGACGCCGUUCGGCGUUUCUACGUGGAGGUCGAAGGUGCCUUCUCCAUUCUCGUGCUGCAGGCUGGGGUCCUGGUGGCGUUGUAUGAACUGGGCCAUGGGAUCUACCCGGCGGCGUACCUGUCGAUUGGGGCAUGUGCGCGGUACGCUCACGCGCUGGGCAUCAAUGUUUCUCGCACCGUGCCGUCCCGGAGAGUGCUUACCUUUGUCGAGGUGGAGGAACGGCGCAGAGUCUGGUGGGCGAUAGUAAUUCUCGAUCGUUUCGUGAGCAUCGGCUGUCCAGGACGACCCUUCGCCGCAGACGAUCCACGUUUGGACGAUCUUCUACCCGCGGAUGAUGCAGCAUGGGACCAGGGGACUGUCCGACCAGAGGACCUCUCGACCCUGUCUUCUCCAAUGACGGGCCAUAUGAGUAAGUUCGCUCUGCUGUGUCAGGCUGCCCGACUCCUAGGGCAGGUCUUGCACCACCUCGGAAGCGACGUCUCCAUCCACGACGAGGUCUGGAUGCAGCUCGAUCGCACCUUGCAGUCGAUGCUGGCUGCGGCAUUGAACAUUGACUGUCCGGACUAUGAUCAGAUUACCUUUGUGUACAGUGCGCUUGUCGCCCUGUAUACCCCGUGGCUUGUCCCCGACCGAGCCCCUGAUCCUCACAGCGACCGGUCUCGACGGGCGCGAGUCGUGCUGGACCAAAUCACCGACCGGAUCAGCGCCAACCUGGUGGAGCGUCAAUGUUUCCUUGGCCGCGACCUAGAAGACAUGUCCCCAUGGGGGCUGUACUUUGCCUACCGCAUCUGCGGGGCGCAUAUGGGGGCUCAACGGGAGACGCCACAUGCAGCAGCAGUGAUGCAGAGUCUGCGGGAGGCGUUUCGCACAAUGAAGGUGCGGUGGAAUGUGGCGGGCGUGUAUCUGCAGCUGUUGGAGGCUCAGGAAGCGAUUCAUCUGGGGAUCUGA